UGCAGGGAAAAAUUGUCAUCAAUUCAAACAUUUGAUUACACUUAUUUGAGUCGUAAGUUACAAAAUCCGGAAUAUACCAAGCAACCGUUGAGAUCAGCUGUUUGAAUCUAGCUGCUGCUAUUUAAUCAGCUGAACAUCCGUUCUGUCUUCACACAAAAUCUGUUUUUCGAUCGAAUCUUUUUUCCGAAAUAGCACAUGUCAGAGAUUACCUAUAAUAGAAAGACAAUUGAACUUAAAAUUUUAAACAAACCAAAAAUAUUUUCUUCACAUUAAAAAAUUCGUACGGUUUACUAGUUAAUUCAUUAUUCAAGCCUAAGUAUUACUCCAUCAAAGUAUUUCUUCUACUCAGCUGCUGUCAUAUCAGCGGGGAAGGAAAGUCAAAACGAUUUGUUAUUAGUCUGUUGUUUUUUUUCUGCUCACAAUUUGUGAAAUCUGGACCAUAAAAAAUGUAUUUUGUGGGAAAAAUAAAUUACCCAAAAAGAAUAUGAUUAUCACGAAGUCAACUUUAAUCUAAUCGUUGAAGACACUUUUUGCGUUUUUGUAUUAGAACCAUUCCAUUUUGGACCAGAAUAUUCGAAUAUGGUUUGUUUGUUAUGUUUUGAGUGCACUGGAGACCACAUCUCCUUAUCUAGUACGGAGGGUGAUAAAUCAAAGAUAUCAUCCGUUUUGUUCAAGUAUUUUCGAUUCAUGUUCGAGAAUGAGCCCGCCGAUGGUGAAAUCUGUCGAAAAUGUUGGAUGAAAGUGGAAAUGUUCCAUUCAUUUUAUCAGCACAUCGAAGAGAUUCAAACGACAAUGAUAAAAUUUGACCCGAUAGUUGUUGAAAGUCUUAAUAUUGAGAUGAAGCUCGAAGAUGGAUCGAGUGAGUAUGGACAAAAGGAUGAAAUGACUGAAUUGGACGAUAGAACCGGAUUUCUUACCGAAGACCACCAUACAAAAUUUGAUUCCGACUUUGAUGACAGCUACUGGCAGGGCGAAUUCGAUGACGAUCAAGCUGAAACAUCCACAAAUUUCAAGGUGGAUAAUAUUAAAAUUGAAGAGGAAACCGAUGCUAAAGUAAAUGUAAAGUCUACUAUGGUCAAGAAAAAGACAACGAAAAAACAACAAAAAAAAAGAGGAGUAGUGUCAAAAUCUGAGGCCCGUAGUACAUCCAAUUUAUACACUUGUCCAAUAAAUCAAGCGAAAUGCUUGAGAAAAUUCGAUACAAAAGACGAGCUCAUUGCACACUGUGCCAUGGACCAUAGGCGAUUCCACUGUACUCAUUGUCCAAAUGUGAGAGUGUUUGCCGAUUUGUACAAGCAUUUACGCGAUGUACAUGGCAUUAUCGAAAAUGCCAUUUGCGAGCACUGUGGCCAAAUAUUUGGAUGUAAUCGAACGUUACUUGAGCAUAUCCGGCGAAAGCACACAACCACUGAUCCUGUUCAAUGUGAUAUUUGCAAGGAAUGGUUCAAAAGUCGAGAGACUAUACGAUCGCACAUGAUUUAUGUUCAUAUUCAAGGUCCACAAACGUGUGGAAUCUGUGGAAAAGUGUCGGCGAAUCGAAAAGCAUUACGAACACAUCUUACAAUUCAUUCGGAAGCAUGGAAAGACAAAUACAAAUGUGUCAUUUGUGGCAAAGGUUUUCGCAGCAGUACAAAAUUAAGAGAACAUUCCUACAUUCAUAGCGGAAAAACCGAUGCGUACAUUUGCCAAUUUUGUGGUAAAUCGUUUCGUUUUAAUUCAUCCAUUUCGGCACAUCGCAUGAAAUAUCACCCUGCCGAAAUGGCCCAUGUCAAAGAAAGACUGCAACGCAAAAGAAAUAUGGAAUUUAAAGUUUAAAAUUCGAAUGAAUCUUGAAUUUUUUUUUCGGCCUACGUCCAAAUUAGUUGAACCGUUUUAAAUAUUGCUUCAAUAUUUUUUGAUGGAAUCAAGAGAUGAUUUUUUCUUGAAAAAUUUAAGAAUUCCCUAUUUAUUUCCAUUUGUAUGUAUAUCAAUAAAAUUAUAACAUUUAAAUCAUUGAUGAA